GAAAAAAAAUCAUCCAUUUUUUGCAAUAAAAAAUGUUUUCUAUUUCGCAAAAAAAUGUCAUCCAGGUGAAUUCGGGCUGGCAAAAAGUGCAGGAAGUUUGUGCAGAGGAUACAAAUAGUGCUAAAAGAGGGGGGUUUUGUGGGAAAUUCCCAUGGAGUCUAGUGGAAUUUGCUGACAUUUAGUACAAUUUGCGGGAAUUUUGCUUGAGAAAGUUGCUCCCGGAGGAGGGCUUCCCGGAAAGUUUAUCAAGAGAGAGCGACAGCAAAACCCUCAGGAUUCACUGCUGUUCUUCACAUCCGGGAAAGGGCCCAUGUGUGGUGGAUUACAUAAAGUGAAAAAGAAAAACAGUGCACUAAAAGUGUCGGAAAAAUAGAGAAAAGUGUUAAGAAAUUCUUUUUUGACAAUCCAACGGGGAUUUCGUGUGUUUGUGCCACAUAUAGCAGGGAUUAUGAUGAUAAAAUGAUGAAAUUGUUUUGAAAAAAUGCGCUAAAAAUUCAAGUGAUUAGUAUUGUGACCAUCCAAGGACUUCACACACAAACAACACAUACACCAGAGACCCCACAAAAGUGAGGAGAACAUCACGCCCCUCUCCCCUCAACACUAGAAUCCCUGGAAAGAAGAAGCAUCGGGAAAGAUGGCUUACAAUCGCCCCACGGACCUCGAUGGGUACAUAGCUCUCAUGGGGAAGGCUGACAUGAGAGUUAGAGCUCUCCUAGCUGAGGAUCUUGUCAAUUUUCUCAGUGACAGUGAAAAUGACAUCACCUGCACUGAUCUGGGGAUGCUAAUCGACGGGCUUCAGCCUUGGCUCACAGGAAGUCACUUCAAAAUUUCGCAGCGUGCACUUGAAGCACUUAGUGAAUUAAUUGGACGCUUAGGACAAGACUUCAAUGCAUACACACCGACUGUACUGCAGAAUGUGGUAGAUAGAUUGGGAGACAAUAAAGAUACAGUGAGAGAAAAGGCACAACUUGUACUGCAAAAAUUGGUUGAAUGUCGUGUUUUGACACCACAGCAGUUGCUGGAUAAAUUAACAACGUGCUUCAAGCAUAAAAAUUCAAAAGUUCGUGAAGAAUUUCUCAAGACGAUAGUUAAUACACUAAACGAAUACGGCACCCAAUCGUUGUCCCUGAAAAACUACAUACAGCCGAUUGCUGAUCUAUUGGGUGAUCCUACGGUGACAGUGCGAGAUGAAGCUCUGCAGACAUUGGUAGAGAUCUACAAGCACGUUGGUGACAAAUUACGGGCGGAUUUGCAAAAGAAAGAUGUGCCAAUAUCAAAAUUAGCAAUACUUGAGGGUAAAUUCGAUGAGAUUCGCAACGAUGGGCUGCUACUUCCAUCGGCACAUACAUCGCAAGCUCUAACAAAUUCAGAUGACAUUGAUACAGCAGCAAUGCCAAGACCCACGCGUCUCGUGAAACGCGUUCCAUCGGCCCCACCACGAAGACCCGCUGGUAUGGACGGCUGUGGCGUUCCGGGUGGAGGAGAUUUAGCCGUUGGGGCUGUCUCGCAGGAAGUCUUCGAGGCAUGCUUUGAAGCCGUACCGGCAGUUACAAUUUUUGGUGCGCGUGAUUUUGAGGAGAAAAUGAAGAACAUCAUAAAACUCAUUGGAGAUAAAACAAUGGAUUGGGAGAAGAGAGUUGAUGCUCUAAAGAACAUUCGAUCACUUCUAAUGCUGGGGCCACAGACACAGACAACACUUUUCCCGCAGUAUUUGAAAGAUCUGUCAAUAGCAUUCCUGGAUAUAUUGAAAGAAUUGCGAUCACAAGUGAUAAGGGAGGCGUGUAUAACAUUUGCAUACAUGUCAAAGACAUUGCGGAAUAAGUUGGACCAAUUCAGCAUUUACAUACUGCAGGAAUUGAUAAAUUUGAUACAGAAUUCGGCAAAAGUGAUAUCAUCAGCUGGCACCAUUGCGCUCAAAUUUGUGAUCAAGUACACCCACGCACCAAAAUUAAUUCCAAUACUUACGCAAAAUCUCAUGCAGUCCAAAUCAAAAGAUAUUCGGGCAACACUGUGUGAGGUGAUGUGUUUGCUGUAUGAGGAGUGGGCGACGAGGACAUUGGAGAAGAAUGCAACAGCACUGCGGGAUGCACUGAAGAAGGGGCUAAGUGAUGCCGAUGUGGAUGCAAGGAGGUACAGUCGACGUGCCUAUUGGGCAUUCCAGAGGCAUUUCCCCUCAUUGGCGGGUGAAUUGUAUCAGCAGCUGGAUUCAGCCACGCAGCGUGCUGUAGAUCGGGAACGGGAUGAUGGUGGUGGCAACAAUGGAACAGGUUCGAUGAGUGCCAGUCUACGUGGAAGCAAUAGCAGUUUAAAUUCAAUGCCUGGCUCUGUUUUAAGACGAAAACAAACAUCAGGACUUCGAAGUCCAGUUGCGAGUCCUUCAGCUAACUUCCGUAGUGUUUCAGCUGUUGAUACUCAAGCUGCUCAGAGGGCAAGGGCAAGAGCUCAAUAUUCCUCUCUUGCAAGGCUUAAAGUAACAUCGGGAACAGCAUCACUUCAAGGACAAAUGGCGCAACAAGCGCGUGCAAAGAAGGUGGUGGCAGCGUCGCAACAAUCACCGGAGCAUCGGACCGCAACAUCAGGGCGUAAACCGUCGCGUGCUGGUGUGUCACAGUCACAGCCAACAUCACGGAGUACAUCACCGUCGUCGAGGCUGAAGGAGCCCUACUCCACAUAUACGACAUAUCGUCAAACGGGAACAGUGCCAAAGAAGGCUUCGGGCAUUCCGAGAUCUCUGGCCAAUUCACGAGAAACGAGUCCCACGAGGACUCAAUCGAGUGCUAUGAAACGCAAUGUGUAUGGAAGUAAUCCACGAAGGCCACCAAUAAAUCCAGGACGACCACUAAUGGCACAGAAGAUUCUACAGCAGAGUCGUGAGCAGGAGAAUGCAUUGGCGGAUGCGCUAUCGCCCGAAGAUGAUAUUAGUGCGGACUUUACGAGGCUGAAUAGGAAGACAUCGCGUGAUGAAUCGGAUGAGAGUGAAGCAUCAUCGGUAUGUUCUGACCGUAGUUUCGAUACCUUCCGACGUGGUGGGGAUACGUACUCGUGGAAUGGAUCCCGAUCGCGUCUCGAUGGGUACAGACAACCAAUUGAGGAUAUUGAAACCAUAAUUCAGUACUGCGCUUCGACGCAUUGGAAUGAACGGAAGGAUGGUCUUGUGAGUCUUACGCAGUACCUUGCCGAAGGGAAAAUUCUAACACAGCAACAAUUGCCGUGUGUCCUUGAUCUCUUUCGCAAAAUGUUUAUGGAUACGCACACGAAGGUUUAUUCCCUUUUCCUCGAUGCUCUCAAUGAGGUCAUUCUGGCGCACUCUAGUGAUCUCCACGAUUGGCUUUUUAUCCUCCUUACGCGACUAUUCCUCAAGCUCGGAACGGAAUUACUUUGUUCAAUGCAGGGAAAAAUUUGGAAGACACUUGAUUUGGUGUAUGAGUACUUCCCGGCUGAUUUGCAAAUGCAGAGUGUUUUUCGUAUUCUUGUCGAUAGUGCACAGACACCCAAUACAAAGGCGCGCGUGUCAACGUUGAAAUUUCUCACAAAACUCGCUCAGACUUACUGCCAACCGUCGCAUUUUGUAAUUCAGAGACCAGCUGAAAUGGCAAUUCUCAAAAUUGUUCAAGCAUCGCAGGAUAAGAAGAGUAUGGAGUUGAGAAAUCAAGCUCGACACUGUAUCUUUGCACUCUACAACUGCAACACACAAAAUAUGAUGACUCUCGUGCAGUCCCUACCAAAGGAGCAUCAGGACAGCGCAAAAAGUGUUAUUCAGCAGUAUUUACGAAAAGGAACAGAUAGUCCAUCAUCUCCACUUUCGUGUACGAGCCCAAAACCGCAACUUAGCCCAAGUGGUGCAUACAGUUUGCAAAAUAAUUCUAGUCCUCGUUCACGACAAUCUUCAGUUGAGGCAUCAGAUCCAAUGAAUUCGGAAGAGGUGUACAAGAGUUUGAGGAAAACAACGGCAGAAAUUCAAAAUUAUAGUUUUGAAUCAAAAUUGGAUCGUGAUGCAAAUAGCAAAGAUUCGGGUAUCAGUCAAAUGGGUGGUGGUGAUCAUGUGCAGGCAAUUCAAAUGUCCGAGCAGUACCUACAGACGCGAACAGCAUCCCCGGGAACGUUUAAUUUCACCCCAACAUCAAAUGCCCCAACGAAUGGGCUCAAUGGGCACUUCAAUGUGGGCGAAAAGGAGGAUUCGUGCAAUGGUUCCAAAACCCAAUCAGCCACGACAACGGAAUCAAAUACCCCGGAAAAUACAGUGAGGAUUGACACAACAGAUUGUCGUGGGAAGAGUAUCACGAGAGCUGAUAUUGCCUUCGAUGAGAAUGGCGAAGUUGUUAUUGAGAAAACACUGAGAGAAGUGGAUAUUGUUAAAGCAUCAAUCCUUCUCAAUUUGGACACACCAUCAGCGACAGUUUCACAAAUACUCAGCAAUUUGACCGCUUGCAUCGCUUUUGGCAAUUGCAAACUGCCAAUAUUGCAUUUUAAGGGUAUUAUGAAGAUGUUGCUGAAUCUCCUGCAGUCGUCGGAUGGAGUUAUAAUUCUCAGGGCCAUUCAAACACUGUGCAAAGUUGUGAGAAGUGAAGCAAUGAAGCCAUGUUGGAUACAAUUUCUUGAGUUGAUCCUCCUUAAGAUAAUUGACAGCUAUAGAUCAAAUAGAGAGGUGGUGACACUCAUUGAGCAUAGUAUACCAAAAAUUGCUUCAGUUCUACCACUUGAUUUAUCAAUAAAUAUCCUCAAUCCUGUCAUUGCUACGGGGGAAUUCCCAACUAAUCUGUGUGCCGUGAAGAUUCUCACGGAAUUGGCGAGUAAGCAGGGGGAGAAUUUCACAGAGCAACAUUUGGAUGUUAUUAUGCCAAAUAUUGCACUGUUGACGGACGAUAAUCAAUCAAUGGUGAGGAAAGCGGCUGUAUUUUGUAUUGUAAAGCUAUAUUUGGUAAUGGGAGAGGAGAAGGUGAAGCCGAAGUUUAGUAUGUUGACUGGCAGUAAAGUAAGACUCCUCAAUGUCUACAUAAAUAAAUUCAAAGGCCACAACAGUCAGGAGAAAUCAUCAUGAUCGAAUACGAAGUGAUUAUUAGAAAAGGGACGUUCAUGGGCACAGAAAGUCAGGAGAUUAGGCAAAAAACUUAUCACAAUUUAUGAAUGAGUGAGAAAUAAUAAAACAAAAAAACAUGUAUUUUCAAUUAGACAUUAAUUAUAAUUUUUUAUACUGUUAAUUGUGCGUGGAACGUGAGAGCAGAGAAUGUGAGUGUCUAACCAUAUAAAUAAAAAAAAAAAGAAAGAUUUAAGGGUCCCUUUACUUUUAUUUUUAAACAAUUUUAAAUAAAACUCAUUUAAAGGAGAACAGAAUUUAUGAUUAUUCCCUCAGUUCCAAGUGAUUUUUUGUUGAAUUUCAAUGCAGGUCAUCAAUAUGUAGGAAUUUAAGGGCAGAUUAAUAAAAAAAAAUGGAAGAUAAGGAGUGAUUGCCAAGGGACAUGUUUUAUAUAACAAUUUAUGGUUAAAAUACGAAUUUUAGUUUGAUUUAUUUCUUUAGUAAUUGAAUAUAAAUAUAAACAAGAGACUUAAUAUUUUCUUUCCUAAAGUUUUUAUAAUAGGUGUUAUUAAUUAAAAAAAAAAGAAAAGAAAAAAGAUAAAAAAGCUUUAUGGAAGUAAAUUAGUUUUUAUAUCACAUUUCCCAUUAAAUUUUUCAUCUUUCAAUUGAUAAUUUAUGCAGAAAAGAAAAUCACUGAGACGGAGCAAAAGAAUGUAAAUGUGCGCGUUUUGUGAGGCUGAAAGUGAAUAAAAUUGUCUUGUAAUUGUGGCUAAAAAAAAAAGAAGAAUAAAAUGCAUGAAAGAGAAUUAUAAACAUUGUAAUGAAAAUAAGUGUAAUUAAGUAUAAAAGUAUGUUAGUGAAGAAAAGGAAAAGCAAAGAAGGGUGUAAAAAAAAGCAAAAUGCUAAAACUUUUACCAAUAUGAAAGACAUGAAUUUGUAAAAUGUUUAAUAAUUUUUUUUGUCACAUUACUAUAUUUUUUUUCUUUUAGUUUGUAAUGAAGUUUAGUUAAUAACGUCCUUAUGCUUUUGAAUAAAAAAAUUAUCUCAUUCAUUUAUUAAAAAAAAAAACAAAUCCCUCUUAAAGAAAAUUAGAAAAUUGGAAUAUUAAUUGGCUGACUGGAAAGAUCUUUUUUAAAAGUUCCUUUUUCUCUUUAACCUAUAUAUACCCUAUAUUUAGUCUGUUCUACAAUUGAAAAAAAAGCUUCUUACUGUUAAACAAAAAAGAAAAGAUAUUUUAAUACAAUUGCACAUUAUAUAAAGCAAAAAAAAAAGAUUCGAAAGAUUUUUUUAUUGAUUAAACUUCUUGAAAGAAAAAAAAACAAGAAUUGUGAGAAGUAAAUUAGUUAGUUGCUGAAGAUUUUUCCUGUAAUUUUACGUAAAAGAAAAUUGAUUAAAAAAAAAGAAUAUAAAUGUUGAUGCUUUUGUAAUAUUGAUGAAAUGUGAGAGGAGGGGUUUAAGGCGGAUGAGUCAAAAAAUCAAUUUGAUAUUAAAUUUUACUACAAUUU